GCACCAACUGGAGGGCUCGAACUUCCACAACUAAUUUAAGUAGGUUAGUGGUAGCAUAUUUUAGACUAAGUGAAAAUUACUGUUUUUAUAUAAUUGUAAAUUGUAUUUUCAGGUGUGUGUCUAGAAGAAGUAUGACAAAUUAUUAUUAGUCUAUAAGUUUGAUAACUUUAAACAACCUAGUUAUAAUAUAAAUUGGUAAAAUUUUCCUGGUAGGCUAAUAAAACAAAAAUAAGGCCUAAAUUAAAUUUUCAAAUUAAACAUAGGCUACAAAAUGGAAGGCGAACAAAAUAAUGAAGGGCCCACACCAAUAUUUAGAUCAAUAGAAAUAGAUCUUCAUAGCUCAGGAGAUACAGGGUUUUUAGGUUGGUCAUCCCCUAAUACAGUAGAACAGGAGGUGUCGACAAGAGAUGACAGAAAUUCAUUAGAGAAUGAGGUUAGCAGAGUCAGUAGUCCAGUAGGAGUUGAUAGGGAUGAAGGUCUUAUUGCAUUCAUGAGGACUAUGAUGAAUAGUCUGAAUGAAAAGAUAGAUAAAAAUAAUGAAAAGAUGGAUAAAAAUAAUGAAAAGAUGGAUAAAAAUAAUGAGGGAUUAAGGGAUCUGAAUUAUAAAAUAGAUCAGAAUAAUGAGGAACUAAAAAAGGAAAUUCAAAGAAGUAAUGAACUGUUAAAACGAGACAUGGAACAGAUGAGAGGUGAGUUAAACAAUAAAAUAGUAGAGACAACGGAGGUUAUGAGAGUAGAGAUAAAUAAAGACUUAAAUACUUUAAAUAAAGACUUAAAGAACUUGGAGGAGGGGGUCAGACUUGAAAUAAACGAACAAGCUGAGAAAAACAAAGGUGAGAGGAAUAAACUUAUAAGUCGGGUUAGAGGAGAGGUUACAACGGAAAUAAAGAAAUUAAAAGAUAAAAGAGAAGAAGAUAUGAGGGAAAUUGAGAAAAGGUUUGUACACAUUGAGGAUGAUAAAAAGAAAAUAGAUCAAAGAUUAGAAAAGAUAAAUAAGAGAUUUAAAACAAGACUAGAUGAAUUAAAUGGUAGAGUAGAUAGGGACAGAACUAACUUAGAACUUGACCAGGAUACAGAAAAUGGUAAGGCUACUAGGGAUGUAGAAAACAAGUCAGUAACGGGCAGUAGUUUACAGGAAAUAGAGGACAUGGGAAAUAGGGUAGAAAAAUCCCUGAAUAAGAGAUUGGAUGAAACUCUAGGGAAAUUAGAAAACAAACAAACACAACUAGAAAAUAUGAUGAGAAAUCAAAGCAUGGUGGGCAUGAGAAUAAGCCAACCAGCAAACACAGAAAUAUUCUUAUUGGAAUUUGAUCCAAUAAAAAAUAAUGUACAUUCUAUGGAAUUUUUGGAAGCUUGUAAAAAAUAUAUAGAGAAAAAUGGAGAAGGAUGGGACUUCCAGGUAUUGAUAAUUUUAAAAUAUAUGAAAAAUGAAGCAGGAAAGUGGGGGCGACAGCAUAUAAAUAAUUGGAAAAACUUUGAACAAUUUUAUAGGAGUUUUAAAGGGAAAUAUUGGUCCAUAGGGGAACAGAAAAGAUUUGAAAAAGAACUAAUGGGUAACGGUACAUACAGGGUUGGAUUUGAUAAUCUAGUAACCUAUGUAUUGGAAUUUUAUAAUAAAAGCCAGUAUUUGGAAACUAGAAUUGACAUGGGAACAUUCCUAGCAUAUAUAAGCAAACAUGUUCCUAGAACCAUAAGUAGUGCAAUUGCUGCAGCCCAAAAUGUUGAAAGAUCAGAAGAUCUAGAAAACCUGUUGAAUCAACUUAAUAUACUGAAUAGUGACACAUAUAGAAGUUAUGACAGAUCAUUUGAUAUGAGAAAUGAGACAACACUCAAUAAAAAUGUAAAUCAAUACAAGAAUUUAGGACAUAGAGAUACACCAUAUAGAGGGACACAAGUUAGAGGGAAUAUUAGAGGAAAUAAUUUGACUAGAGUAGGCUCAUACUACAAUAGGAACACAUAUAAUAGGGAGAGACUAGAGUUUGAGAAUGAUAGGAGAAGACAAAGCAAUAAUAGGGGUAGAGAUACAAAUGAUUAUGGAAAGGAGAAAGAAAGGUAUGAAAACAACGAAACGAGGCAUCAAAGAGAUCAAUAUGAAUAUACAAGGGGAAGAGGAAGUAUGAGAGGUAAUAGAUGACUAGAGGAAAACAGGAUGGAAAACAAAUGGGUAGGACAGGCUAGAAUGAAGGAAACGAUUGAGAAAAAGGAACCUAAUUUUGAGGGAUACCAAAUGAUAGGAGAUUCUCAACUUAGGAGAUUUGGGGAGAAAAUAAUGAAUUUAAGAGGUGAAUAUAGAGAGAAAGGAGGAAAGAGAAUUAACUUAUGCAUAGGAGGUCAGACAAUUGAACAGUUGACCAGAGAGCUAAAACAUACGAAUAAUUUAGAAAAACAGCUAAUAGUAAUGAUAGGUACAAAUGAUUUAUUAAGGGAUAAAGAAGUAAAAAAUAUUUGUAAUGAUUAUGAUAAACUAGUAGAGGUUUUACUGGAGAAAGCUGAUAAAAUAAUCUUGGUAACCAUUCCACCCAUACCAAAGUUA